GGCGCUAUUUCACUCUAACAUGAAGCGAAACUUUGACAUCGAAGACCCAGACCUCGUGCAUGUCAUAUCGUGACGAAGAUUUCUUCCUAUGAGGCGAAGAAAAAAGUGAAUAAAAGUGUGCGUUUAUUCAUCGAGCUUCAUCUUGCACUAUGCAAGAAGCCAAGGCAGGGGGUGGGACGUGCCCACACUGCUUUCGGAGCUUUAAAGGAGCUCAAGGGCCUGCUCAUGAACGCUUUCUCCAGCCCCUCCUACUGCGUUGUGGUCACACAUUCUGCCAGGGAUGCAUCAGUAAGCAGGUGAAAGUUCUCAAGACCAGCAUAGCAUGUCCAACCUGUCAGGUCUUAACCCCUAUGCCGCUAGGGGAAGCUAGUAUGAAGCAGUUACCAGCUAACUACUACUCGCUGGGACUGGCUACGUGGAGCACCAAGCAGGUCAUGGAUAUGCUGGACCAGAAAGUUGAGACCCAGCCCUCUUCUAAGCUCAAGUAUGAAGGAGUGCAGUUGGAAGGAGACAGGGAACUCUGCAGUAGUUGUCACCGUAUCCUAGCCAGCAGUAAAUGCCAACAGUGUGAUAACAUGUACUGUGAGACGUGCUUUAUACGAGUGCACCGCGGAUCACGUGCCCUCCAAACACACCCAGCUGUGCCCCUCAACAUCUCCAAGAUCAGAAGAGGGUGCAAGGAGCAUGAAGACAGAGAAUUUGAAUUCUUCUGUCAGGAGGAUGAAGUGCCAAUCUGUGCUCUGUGUGCUCUGAUGGGAAAUCACAAAGGCCAUGAUAUCAUACAACUCUCAGAUCAGGAUAAGGAGUCUUUUAAGGAACUGAAGCCAGCCUUUGAGAUUGCCAAGAAAGUGCUCAAGCACCAGUAUUAUGCCAUGCAGGUGGCUAAGAACACAAAGCGAGACGUACGUAAGGAGUUAUCUGAUGUAUCCGAUGUCAUCAAAGCUUCAUUUGCUCGUCUCCAUGCAGUCUUACAAAUCAGAGAACAUGCCUUAGUUGAGCAGGCGGUUGGUAUUGCAGCUCAGCAGACUCAGUAUCUGGAUGCUAUGCUGACCAGCGUAGAUGGAAACAUUAGCAUCUUAGAGUCAGCCAUGAUAGAUGCGAUGAGUAGCCUGGAUGAUGGAGCUACAAUUCCACCCAACAUCACCAAGCUUGUACACACCCUGAGGUCAUCGCAAGCUCUACCAAGCCACGUAGUGAUUCCUAAAACAGAGCGACCACAGCCACUGAGUUCCUUCACUUACAGCAGCGAUGCAGUCAGUAGCUUGAUGAUGUUUGGAGCAGUCAAGAUCUGCAAGGACCCAAGAUUGGAACUGAAGACAGAUUCUGAUCUUCCUGAGAACUGGGAAGCACCAGAGAUCAGCGAAGACGUCUUGAACAACUCAGCCAUCCAUAACUACAAGAAGAAGAAGGAACAAAACAAAGCAGCGUCCCCUAGAAUAGUGGGGAAAGCUGUCAAUGCUGCUGUACAAUCAAGACUGGCUGAGACCAACCAACAAAGCGCAACAAGCAAAGGCAACAGUAAACUCGUCAGAAGUUCUGUGGCUGCAAGAAACACAAAUGUCUUCGGCCGAGAGUUGGUACGAGUGACCCAUAUUCGCAAUCCAUGCUGUUUCUAUAUUCAGCGAGAAUCGGACCAAUCGCAACUCAGCAGCAUGAUGGUUCGAAUCAACAAAGAUUGCAAGUCCACCAAACAGUCAAACAGAUUGCCUGAGGAUCUGAGCAUUGAUACUCUGUGCUGCUGUUUGUAUGACGCUGAUAAGACGUGGUACCGGGUUCGAAUCAAAUCAGUUACUUACCCCGAUCCUGAGGUCACACUACCCUUUCCUACUCCGCCCAUGAGCCCCAAACAAACCCCCGAAGAAUCCUCGGAAGAUACAGCCCAAGGAAACGAGGAGGUUGGUGAGAAUCAGAGUGAGGUCAAAUCAGAGGUGGAUUCCGAGGCUGGAUCAGAGACUAAUUCUGAGAUCAGUCAAGAUGUCUUGUUUGAGACCAAGCCUACAGUGAAACCGGAUGGUAAACCAGACGUCAAGCCCAAGACGAAACCCAACGAACCUAGAGUGGAUGUCCUGUAUGUGGAUUAUGGAAACAGUGAAACAGUGCCACUCUCCAAACUGUGCAGAAUUAAGCAGAAACAUGGAAACUUACCUGACUUGGCAGUCUGCUGUUCAUUAACUGACAUUGUGCCGACUCGGAAGUCUGGUCGCUGGUCGUUGGAAGCAGUGCAUUCCUUUGCCAAGAUGGUUGGGGACAAGCCCGUCUACAUGAGUGUCCUUGGCCAUUCAGGAGCAACUCUCUAUGUUGAUCUUCACAAACCGCCUCUCUUAGAGGUUGAGAAUGACAUGCCGAUAUCCCUCCGAGAUGCUUUGGUCUUCUUGGAGCUUGCCUGCUUCGUAUCGCCAGACUCAGUCCCAGAGGCAACCCCCUCUAGAGGGCCUCCUCUCAAGUUCAUCUCAGCCGAUCUUCCAGUUCAAGGCGAGGAGAUUCUAGUCACUGUCAGUCAUUUCCAGGAUCCUCAAUGUUUCUGUGUUCAGGAGAUUGGUGCAGAUUGCGAGUACCUCCUGAAGAUGAUGAAGGAUCUUCAAGAAGCUUACAACAAGAAUCUGGAUGAUCGAUGGAACAUCCUCUGCCCUAAGAAGGGAGCUAUCUGUGUGGCUCACUUCACUGAGGAUAGACAGUGGUCUAGAGCAGAGAUUGUUGAUUUGCCAGGAAAUCAGGAAGUAGAUGUCUUGUAUGUCGACUACGGCAACUAUGAGAGAAUUCACGUCUCUAAUCUCCGCAAGAUAUCCAAGAAAUUCCUGAAACUGUGCGUGCAGGCCUUACCCUGCUCUCUGGUUGACAUCGGACCUAAGGACCCUGAGAAAGGAUGGACGGCCAAAGAAAAUGAAGGAUUUGGUAACAUCGUCCUGACUAAGGCUCUGAGAGCAACUGUCAAAGGUAUCGAGAGUGGGAGAUUGUCCAUCAUUUUGGUUGAAGACCGGCAGGAUCGGGAGAUCAACAUUAACGCAUUGAUGGUGCAGAAGGGAUUUGCUCAGAGCACAGGACCUGGGUCUGUCAGUGCAGCGAUCAUCUUUGACAUUCCUCACAGUGACUUCUCUGAUGACGAAACCGUGAAAAACGAAGAAACUCCAUCAUCAGAUUCAGGCACAGAAACCCAAACCAGCGCCCCCAAGACAAACGGAGCAUCACAACCCUACAGCAUCACUUCACCUGCAAGGCCACAGUUGACUCCCAAGCUGAGCUCUCAGUACACGUCGGUUCAUGUCAGUCACGUAGAGUCACCGGCUUGUUUCUAUAUUCAACUCUCAACGGCUGGAAAAGAUGGCUUAGAUAGCUUGCUUGAAACCAUGACUCUAACCCACCAGCAGUUAGAAUCAGCUGAAGACAUCGUAUGGCAGGAAGGAGAUAUGUGCGCUGCAUUGCUAGUCAGGGAAGGAGCAUGGUGUAGAGGACGUAUCAAGACAGUGCUGCCCGAUGAGAAUGCUGUGAUCCUCUUCACCGACUAUGGCAACACUGAAGUGGUAUCCUUCACUAACAUCCGGCCACUCUCGACUAAGUUUCAGAAGGACCCACCCUUUGCAAUUCAGUGUCACUUGGCCGAUGUAAUGCCAGGAGGAGACAAACAGAAAUGGACUAGGACGGCCUGCGAGUUCCUGGCGGCUACGUUGUCUGACUUGGAAUGUGUCAUAGUCAAGAAGGGUGACCUGCAGAAUGGAUCUCUGCCCAUUGAUCUACUCUAUGAACGCUCCAUACAGGAGAAACUAGAACAACAGACAACAGAGGAUUUUGGAAGCAUUGCCCAGUUGCUCAUUCUUAAAGGAUUAGCGCUGCCAGUCAGACGAGGUCUUACAAAGGCCACAGCCAAACCGCCAGUGCCCCAUCAGCUUCCUGCAAACGUUUCUUCAUCUCAUCCACCAGCAUCUGACUCACCACUCAGUACUCCAACCACAAAGUCUCACGAUAAACCUUCCCAGCAUGCAUCUGGCUCACCGCAAGGACUCAGCGCUCAGUUGAGGGUGUCUCAGUUUGACUCGGCUGAGGAUGAGGCAGGAGAUGAGUUUCCUCGGUAUCUUCUGCCACCAUUACCAACCAGCGGGAGAAUGGAUCUGGUGAUUACAUUUGUCAGUCCUGAUGGCCUUAUCUCAGGAUUGGCGGCGGGGGAAGUUGGCACAUUCCGGGAUGUGAUGGAGAGACUACAAGCAGCUAAUGCCAUAGCUCAGUCCGUACCCACAGCUAGCGAGCUUCAUGAAGGACAGGCAGUGUGUGCACAGUUCCAGGAGGAUGGUCUGUGGUAUCGAGCUAGAAUCAUCAGGCUACAUGCAGACACUGUGGAGGUGCACUAUGUGGAUUUUGGCAACUCAGAGACUGUUCCUUUGACAAGCAUUCAUCUCAAACCGUUCAUGUUGGAUAUGCCUCAACAAAGCCGCGAUUGUAUUCUCAUUGGUCUCAAACCGAAGUCGAGCCCUUCCUGGCCAGCUACAACGAUCCAAUUCUUGUUGGAGAGUCUCGUUGAGCAAGCGUGUACAGCCCUGAUCCAGUCUCUUUGCAAGAAAGGAGAACCUCUGAAGGUAGACCUGCUGCUUCCUGGUGGCCAGAGCAUCAACAAUAUCCUUGUAGCGCAAGGAAUGGCAGACAAUGAAGACAAUGAUGAUGGCAGUGAGCCACGCUACCCCUCCAAAGGAAUGGAGCAGUCCAGAGAUGUCACCAUGGGGACAGCCAAUGGGAGAACAGUAUCCCCUGAAGUGGAAGUAGCUAUGGCUGGGCUGGAAGUUGAGUACAAAGCAAUGAGGUUGCCUGCCAAAGGAUCUCUACUGGCUGUGUCUGUGACUCACAUUAACCAACCAGACAUGAUUUAUAUACAGCCCUGGGCAGAUCCUCCAGAUGGCGAUGAUCCAAUCCAACUAGAAACCUAUCAUCAGCUUGUUGAGUUACAGAGAAUGUCAGCUGACCUCAACAAAAUGGCAGCCAGCUUGCCUAGUGUCACUGACCCUCAACCAGGAUUGUGUUGCUGUACUCUCUACCAAGUCAACCAGCAAUGGUUCCGUACGAUCAUUCUUCAAGUCAAGACGGCUGAGAAGCUCUGUGAAGUCCAGUUUGUGGACUACGGCACGUCAGAAUGGGUCCCAACAGAAGGGUUACGGCAGAUUCCAGAAAAGUUCACGACCCUACCCAUGCAAGCCAGACAGUGCAAGUUGGUAGGAUUGAAGCCACCCUCUCCAUCAGCUACCAAUGAGGGCGCUACACUGCCUGACUCUGAUUGGCCGAUGGCAUCAGUGGAUAAGUUGCUAGAGCUGGUGUCAAACAGGAAGUUGGUCGCCUCCAUUCAGUACGAGGCAGCCAUUCCAGGCAUUUUCCUACAUGAAGUAGCCGAGGUACCAGACCAAUCCAUGAUGAGUAUGCCGCAGGUUGGACGUCUGAUUCAUCUGGCGCUCAUUGAUGCAGGACUAGCGCAGCUGAAUCAAGCCUGCUCGAGUGAGGAGAAAAUAAAAGAGUAAUAGAAGAUCAACCAUCUUGCCAAGGAAUCAACACUGCAUCCUAGUGACGAUGUGCUCCAGCUUGCCUUACUUAUGACUCUGCAAAUACUCCACAGAUUUUCAGAAAGUCAUCGGCCUGGUCUGUAGACUACUCCAGGUGACCCAAACCAAAUGAAUGACUUGUGCCUAUUGAUGCCUGAUACAAAGGUAGACAAUCAUUUCUGAUAGUGGAAACAAAAAUUCUGUCUUCUUUGUUCAUUGUUAUCUUUUUGCAUUCUGUGGUUACUCGAAAAAAAUAUCAGAUAAAAUAAAAAGGGUUAAGGAAAGUUGAAAAAAAUAGUUUGUUUUUUUAUUCACAUUCAGGAUGUCACAAGUUUCUAAAAAUAAUUUGCAUAUCUAUAACCUUCCAAACGUCUUAGAAAAAGAAUCGUAUGAUAUGCAUAUAAGAAUAAAAACCAAAAAUGAAAAAAAUCAAUGGAAAAAAUUACAUGAUGAGCUCAAAGACAUGUACAAAGUUUCAACCUAAUCGGCCUUGUAGACUUUCUCUAUUGAAAAAUGCACCUUUAAGAUGACUUCAUCAUGACCUCACUUGUCCAUGCAGAAUGGGGUCUUAGUUUAUGACAUGUCUCAUCAAGAUUGAAGUCUGUUGAUUGUCAAAACUGACCCUGAAAAUGAAAGAUUUUCAAAGUAUAUGGGAUUUGGGAUAGAAGAACAAGGGAGAAGAUGAAAAGAAAAAAAUCACAAGAAAAACAGUGCCUUUUCCGCUGAUGGUGGAAAAGCCUUCACAAGAAAAAAUGGUAUCAGGAACAAAAAUAAACAGUUAAAACUUUUUUCUUUUAAAAUUGAUUCUGAGAUAAAUCUGAAAGAGUGACCGAAGCCUUUAAUUAAAAGUGUUUUUUGAUCUCCCUGUUUUCUGGUAAGCAAGUUGUCAUAUUUGUUUUAUUUCUUUACUCUUAAAAUAUAUAUAUUUUUUGUUUUUUUUAAGGGACUUUAUAUGAUAAUGAAAACGCUCAUUGUGUUUGCAUUAUUAUUUUUGAAUCGAUCAAUGGUGCUAUUGUGAUUUAAAAACAGAUAUUGUGUUCAAGCGAUUUGUAACUUCUGCCUUUUACUUAAUCGUUUACCAGUCUUUAAAACACUAAAAGUUUUGGUAAUACCUGUCCUUCAUUAUUGUUUUGAUGGUUGUUUCAAAGAUCGUCUGAAAAAUACUUACUUGUUUAUAUGAUUUUUUGUGUUCAGUAAAAAUUAUAUCCCAUCAUUGGAAAAAAAAUAAUUUGUGAGUUUAUUUACAAGAAACAAAACUGAGUUCAGACUUGAAGUUUUCUAUUAAGGUUACGAUGACAGAAACAAUAGGCACUGAAGUAAAACAAACAGCUACACAAACAUGUAGGUUAUCAUUUCUGCAUUAAAUGUUCGCUUAAGUACAUCAAAUUUCUUGAGACCUUGCGCUUUUCGUUUUUAUUUUGAAAAACAUCGUCAAAAAUCGUUUUUUCCUCAGCAUGAUGAUGCAUUCCGUUUUCACCUGCAAGCACCGUAGGCGUUGAUAUUUGGGUUUUUAUGCUUUACUUUGUUGCCUUUGUAUUCCCUAACAAUUCUUGGCUAAGCCUAAGGCAAAUAAAUAGAUUGGUUUUCUUGCUCGCCUUGACUGUA